CGAGCGGCCGCGAGGCGCCCCGCCCGUGGCUGCCUGCCAGCCUCCCUAAUCAUUCGCGCCGGCCGGACCCCUACUACUAGCUGCUACCCGCUUUCCCGUCGCUCUCGCUGGCCCUCUUUCCUUCCCGGUCGGCUUCCCCUCCGCCCAGGCCGUCCCCGUCUGCGGGAAUCCAGCCACACCGUCCGCAAUGCUGCCCAGCAGCAGCAGCAGCAGCAGCAGCAGCAGCUCCGCAUAAAAGCAACCGCGCCCGCCCGCUUCCUCCAUUCCUCCUCCGACUCCGACUCCGCCGCCGCCGCCGCGCGGAGCUCCUCCUCGCCACAGCUCCAGCUCCAGCUCUAGAGGGAUGUACUUUACUACACAGGGAGGAAAGGCAGAGUGAGAGGCUGCAAGCCUGCUGGUGUGCUUGCGGUUGUGCUCUGCUUCUGCUCUGCUCUGCUCCACCAGCCAAACAGGAUCCGAAGCUCUGGAGACGAACACGGAAGCUGCCUGCUAGUGUGCGCUCUGAUUGAGCAGAAAGUGAUUGGUCGGUCAUCGAUGUUUGUGGCAAUCUGAGCGAUGAACUAGUUCGUGCCUGAUUGGAACAGCAUGGGGGACACCUCCAGGCCGCUCGGCGAUGACGAUGACCUCAUCGAGCUGCUCUGGUGCAACGGCCAUGUCGUCAUGCAGAGCCAGAACAACCGGAAGCUACCGCCGCCGAGGCCCGAGAAGCCGGCGGGGGCAGCCGCUCCAGCCCCCGCGCCGGCGGCGCAAGAUGACGAGGCCGGCCUCUGGUUCCCGUUCGCGCUGGCCGACUCGCUCGACAAGGAUAUCUUCUCGGAGUUCUUCUGUGAAGCGCCAGCGCCGGCGGCGGCGGCGGCUCCGGUGCCUGCAACCCCAGGCGUCGAGGACGGCAAGCCCUGCAGGGACGUCCCGGUGGAGGACGACGACAGGCGCGGCGGGGCAUGCGCGGCGUCCGGGGCCUCGAGCGACCUGAUGCCGCCGCCCAAGUCGGCGCCCGUGUCCGGGUCCAGGCAGCAGACGAGCCUGGCGGACGGCGGCGACAACGCCGGCGACCUCUCCGACCUCGUCCGGGCCGGCAGCGCGGGGAAGGUGGCGGCGGAGGCCGGCGCGUCGUCGAUGCGGAGCGCGAUCGGGUCCAGCAUCUGCGGGAGCAAUCAAGUGCUGGUGCAGCGCGCGGCGUGCCGCGCGUCCGGCGCUGCCUGCGGCGGCGGCGGCGGGUGCUCCGGCAGCGCGCUGCCGUCGGCGAUGGGGAGCGCGAACGCGAACGCCAGCGGCAGGGGCAACGAGGCCACGGUGGCGUCCUCGUCGGGGCGGUCCAACUACUGCUUCGGCACCACCACCACCACCACCACCACCGAGCCGACGAGCAAUAGCAACUGGAGCAGCAAGCGGAAGCGGCUCGACACCGAGGACUCCGAGAACCCCAGCGAGGACGCGGAGUCGGAGUCCGCCGCGAUGCUGGCGCGCAAGCCGCCGCAGAAGCUGACGGCGGCGCGGAGGAGCCGCGCCGCCGAAGUGCACAACCUCUCCGAGAGGAGGAGACGGGACAGGAUCAACGAGAAGAUGAGAGCCCUGCAAGAGCUCAUACCUCACUGCAACAAGACAGACAAGGCGUCGUUGUUGGACGAGGCGAUCGAGUACCUCAAGUCGCUGCAGCUGCAGCUGCAGAUGAUGUGGAUGGGCAGCGGCAUCGCAGCGCCGCCGGUGAUGUUCCCCGGCGUGCACCAGUACCUGCCGCGGAUGGGCGUCGGCAUGGGCGCCGCGGCGAUGCCGUCCAUGCCGCGGAUGCCGUUCCUGCCGCCGCAGCCGGUGGUGCCCAACGCGCCCGUCCACAACCCCGUGCCGCUCUCGCCGGCGGCCUACCGGGGGCACAUGCCGGCGGUCGGCAUCACCGAGCCCUACGCGCACUACCUCGGCGUCAACCACCUGCAGCCGACGCCGUCCCAGCAUUUCGCGCAGGGCGCCGUGGGAUACUACCCGCUGGGGGCGAAGGCCGCCGCCGUGCAGCAGAGUCCAGCGCUCCACCACGUGCCCGGCGGCGGCGGCGCCGCGGCGGUGCCGGGGGUGCUGCCGCCUGAAAGCGCUCCGAGCAGAGGACCAGGAUGACUAUAACAGGGGAGGACAAAUCACAUGGCUGAGCUGAUGUUUUGACAAGUGUGAGAAAUAAGAAAAUGAACUGCACAGAAGGAUGAAGCAGAGGACCAGCUGAUGAAAUAACUGGGGGCAUUUUCUUUGGGGACCCCAUUUUGAGAUGUGUGCAGAAGUCUCCGGAAGAGUUGAUCUCUUAACAGAUUUUAUCAAUACAACAUGAUUUUUGCUUAGUUACCGUGAUGAUCUCUAGUUUAUCUUCUCUACUCUUGAGAUGAGAAAUAGUUGAGAUAGUUAAGAGGUGGUGAUUCUGUUCUGCUAUUUAGAUGCAAACCAAUUCAUGAGCGUAAAAUGCCAAAAAGCAACUGUAAUUGUUGGUGUUUUAUGCUUUGGGCAGCAGUUUCCUCCAUUGUACAGAAUAGAAGUGAUAUUUAGAUGCAAACCAAAUGAGUAGUUCAAGACCAUAUAUAAUAUAUGACAUUCCUAUGCAAUUGCACUA